CUCUACUGGAGACAGUGUUGCAUGCAGUCGUCGUAUUUGUGGAUUCCCGCGGACCCCGAUCUGGUUGGAAGUCUGAGUAUCACUCGGUGUCGGCGUGAUCGUUCGUUAUUUUCAAGCGUUUUUUGCAUCAGAUCUCUCUCCGUUGGACUGGACUCGAGAUACUUGCUUUGAGUACGUACACAUUGCAUACUCAAUGGCCAGUGAGGCACGAUCCUUUGACUCGAUAACGGUGAAAGAAGAUUAUUGAAGAUUUUUCCCCAAUUUUUGACCUAUAACCAUUGAUUUGAAGCGAGAAGGAAAGUGAGUCGGACAUCAACAUUUGAGCAGGAUUGUGUUUUCGACAUGUCGAUCAAAUGUCUGAAGCGGCGCUGGGAAGCGAACAUCUCAGCGUCAUCGACCCGAUUGACGGAACAAAGCCAUGAAGGAUCUUGGGCUCUCACGCCCCCUUCAUCGGUAUGUGAUGAUUCCGAGGACUACGAGAGUGACUUUGGCCAUAAGAAAUUGAUCAUUGCAUUGGAGACCAUGAAAAAGGAUAGCGUGGACGAACCUUCGAACGUGAUGGACACACCUCCGGAUUCACCCUCCAGUGAGGGCGACGAAUCAGCUAAAUCUGAUUCUGAGGGAAAUUUUCGAUCACAAGCCUCCUCGGGAGGGGAUGUGGUCUACGAUGCCCCCAUGGCUCAAGACUUUCCACAAGAGUCUGGAUACUUACGCAAACAAGAGAUCUUUGUGGUCACUAAGAACACGGACCGUGAGGGUUUGUUCGUCGCCAGUGGCGCCUUUGCUCGCCAUGCCAUCCCCGAACCCAUGCAGAUGGAACCUCUCUGUUUAACCAAGGACACUCCAAGAACGAUUCUCCUUCCCCCAUCCCCCAGCUCCUCUGUGGAACUGGACUACUUCACUGCCGCGGGGGAACAGAAUCUGGCUUUGGACCCGCUGCUCAAACAGAGAUCUGUGAUCUUGGAGGCCGGACAAGCCCCGACGAAUUCGGAGAAGGGUCUUGCUCCCAAGGAUGUGACUCAAGCCGUGUUAUCCAAGAUGACAAAGGCGUGUCCUUCUCCCAACACUGCCACAACAUGUGGGCCCAAUUGUCCGUCCGUUCUCCUCAACGGAUCUGUGAUAGCCCCACCCAAAGCUGUGGCCAAUGAUAGGCCAGUCAGAGCCACUGUUGCAACUAUGAUGACUCCACUUGUAAGUUCGCCUCGCUCUUCUUCGCCGUCUGAAUCGCGGGACCGGUCCCCAAGUCCCAAUUCGAACUCAAUGACGUUCUGUUUGGAUAACGUCCAAAUGGUUCCAGCUAUGAUCGUUUUGGCGCCAGCCACUCACAGUAAUGGCGCCAAAUCAACCUCAACUCUAAGUGUGACCGCUCAGAACUUGCCCAAAUUCUACAAAAUGAUCAAGCCGAGGAAAAAUGAGAAAGAUACCCGUGAACGCUCCUUCGUUUGCGAUUUCCCCGAUUGCGACAAGACCUAUCUGAAAUCGUCUCAUCUCAAGGCUCAUUAUCGAAAUCAUACUGGUGAACGCCCCUACAGUUGUCCUGUAGAAGGCUGUGAUAAGAGAUUUGCCCGCUCUGACGAGCUCUCCCGACAUCGUCGAGCCCAUUCCGGUGAAAAGAAAUUCGCUUGUGCCAUUUGCGGUCAUCGAUUCGUCCGAUCCGACCAUUUGGUCAAGCAUGAAUAUCGUCAUGGGAAACGUAUCAUGAAAGAGCGACCCUCGCUCACAACGAUUGCUCCCAAUUUGAUCCUUACCACAACUGGAUCAUCUGGCGGCCAAACCACAUCUCUACCUAUCCAGAUUGCUAUGGCCUAAGAACCAAGCUUGGCAAUGGAAGACAGGCUCUAAAAAGUUAAACACCUGUACAAACUCCAGAAAUGAUCAAUGCAGCAUACAUGAAACUCGAAUCUUGGUUCUAAAUGCAAUAGCUUCAGAAAUGAGCGAUCCUCUAAUCAAAAAAGAGUGACCUCCAAUCAAACCUAACCAUUGGUGCCGGUAUUCUACAUUUAAACACACAAUACACUCAAGGGACCCUUUUUCACACACGUUUUAUUCAAAGAACCCCUAAGCGAACUUGCAAUUAAGUUUUAAGUUGUACAUACAGUUUUACAUAAAAUAAUGCUGUUCUCUCAUGAGAAACCUUGAACUUGAAGACUGCCAGGAUUAGUCAAAAAUCAACGCUUGGCAUUCACAGUUGUGCAACACUGAUUUGUGUAACGAAAUAUGCAAUUUAGCUUAAUGAAAUAUUCCUAUAUCACGAUGUGAAAUAAUUGCAUUUAGUCGUAUCACUAGAUGGGUAUGUUGUAAAUACACACAAAAAAGAAAAACAGAUCAAUAAAUGACUUUACUUACUAUGGUAAAAAAUA